GUGACAACAAAUCGUGCUACUGGUGGCUGUUUUCCUGAACUAACGCCAUACUUCGUUUGACUUCUGCGAUGUGUGGCUGCUGUGAUGCUAAUAUUUAACUUUUCUAGCACUUUAUAUUAACUCCUGACCGUUACAUCCGCAUUCGUCAGCUAGCUAGCGUCCAUCUGGGCACAGCUCUACAGACACUUUACUGAACAAAUGUGAACUUUUGUAAUCAUUAAACAACAAGCAGCAGCAGAAGAAGGAGCUGACAGCGACGUAGAGAUUUUGGCCUCACCUCCUGAAAAUGGACUUUGAGGAUUCGGCAAUGGAUUUUCAUCAAUAAGUUCUCCUCACGUCACAGCGAGCAUAUGCUUUAUAUGCUGUGUGCAGUCCAUCAACAUGUUUUAUCACCAUGGGAUGACUGAUCAGUGAAUCUGUGGCAGUCAGUCAAUUUGCUGAAAUGUUCUGCACAGAGGAAAUAUCUUAAAAUAUAAUUAACAUAAUCUACUAAAUAACAACAUUCAACUGUUUUCACAUCAGCGAAGUCACACACAGCCAUGGGCUUUUGUUCACCUGUGUGCAAGAUUUUGCGCAGGGGAAAGUAUUUUGUACUGCUCAUUCUCUCGCUAUCAGUGCUGGCAUGGAUAGCAACCUUUUCAGGCGAAACUGUGAAAUCUGUUCUGGUUUCUUCCGCCACAACACAAGCUCUGGUUAAAGAAGUCACUUUGAGGGACAAACUCAACUCCUGGACAGCAGGACCUGAUCGCAUAAAUACUCAACCACUAAAAAGCGAAUGCCCUGAAAAGUCACCAUUGCUACAGGGAGCUGUGAAGCUGUCCUUUGAGUCCUCUCUGAAACUGAAGGAUGUGGAGAGUGACAACAAGGAUGUAAACGAGGGUGAGUAUGAGCCGUCGGACUGCGUGGCGAGGCAGAGCGUAGCGAUCCUCAUCCCGCAUCGCAACCGAGAGAAACACCUCCUCUACCUCCUGCACCACCUGCACCCGUUUCUGCAGAGGCAGCAACUGCACUACGCCAUCUAUGUCAUCCAGCAGGCUGGUGAUGCAACUUUUAACCGUGCCAAGUUACUGAAUGUUGGCUAUUUGGAGGCUCUGAAGGACUACAGUUGGGAGUGUUUCAUCUUCCAUGAUGUGGAUCUGGUUCCCGAAAAUGAUCACAAUCUGUACGUCUGUGACAAGCAGCCCAAACACUUGGUGGUUGGCCGGAACGCGACAGGAUACAAGCUGCGUUACAAAGGCUACUUUGGAGGAGUCACUGCCAUGACCAAAGAACAGUUCCUUCAAGUGAAUGGAUUCUCCAACAUUUACUGGGGUUGGGGCGGAGAAGAUGAUGACCUUCGCAUCAGAGUCGAGCUGCAGAAGAUGAAGAUUGUGCGGCCGCCUGCUCAAGUCGCCCGCUACACCAUGGUGUUUCACAAGCGGGACAGUGGCAAUGAAAUAAACAAAGACAGGAUGAGGUUGCUAGGACGAACACCACAGGUAUGGAGAAAGGAUGGGCUCAACAGCUGCUCGUAUAAGACUCUGUCAGUAGAGAGGCUACCUCUUUAUGUGAAUGUUACUGUGGACAUUGGUAAGCCACAGAGUUGAGUUCUCAACAGGAAACCUUGCUGUGACCAAAAAGACGACAAAAAAAAAGAAAGAAAGAAAAUCGGAUAUAUUUUCCAGUCCAGGCCACUGAGUGCAGAAAAGCUACUCCAUGUGUACAAGACGACUUUCUACGCACACAGAAUGCACAUUGUUUUGAUUGGUUUACAUAUUCAAAUUGAGUUCGGCUGCAACUACAUCUGCCGUUGGCUGACACACUGUUGCAUAUCAUGCUGCCUUCAUUUCUGCAUGUUGUUACCAGCCAGCAGAAGAAAACAAAACAGGGAUGAUCGGCUUUGGUUACCUAAGUUGGCCUUUAACUGCCAUUCCCGAUAUUUGAAACGUUUUGCCAAAACAUCCAUUGAUUACAUGUUGACUUACUGACGCGUAUGCCUUAUUAUUUACCUGCAUGAUGUACACAAAUGGACUGUGUGGAUUUUGUGUGCUUCAUUAUGUGGAUGAAUCGAUCCACAUCCUACAGUUGGCCAGUAUCAGCUGGGACAGGCUUCAGCCCUCCGUGACCCUGUAGUGGAUAAAGUGAGUGUAGCUGAUGGAUGGAUAGAAACACUAAACUGAACGACGACACUCUAAAAGCGUCACUGUAGCUGUUUUUAUGCACAACUCGGUGACAGACAUAAAGCAAACAGUACAAAGGAACACUGUGCGAGCAUUUUAACGAACUCCCGGUAGUCCUAGUGAUGCUAGAUAUCAGAGGUCUUCCUCGUCUUAAAACUUGCUGAUAAUGUUAAUGCUCUGUGUCCUUAAGCGAGUGUUAAAUAUUAAAAUAAAUAUAACAAGCAAAAUUAGGUACAGAAUGAUGAUCUAGUUGAGUCUUAAGGCAGACGACGGAUGUGUGCAGAAGAAGGAAAACUCAAGCAAUAAUAAUAUGUGGAGGACAUAUUGAUGAACUCCUUUCAGCCUAUUAAAAAGUUACAAGAGGGUUUUUAUUUCCAGUCAUAGGUCUUAGUAGGCACUGUACAUUUUUGGCUGCUCGAAAAUUAACCCAAUUUAGUGUUUUUUCGCAUUAUAUGCUAAAAAAAAAGAGACGCUGUGGGCUGCCUUUAUUUACAAGAGAACCUUGACCACACGUGGAUGUUACUGACCUGAAAAAUAGUUUUUUGAGCCAUAAGGAUAACAACAUGUUUUCUUAUACUGCACGUUUUUAUAAGUUUUCAAGUGGAACUUUAUGGGUGGUGGAUUAUUUAUUACUUUUACAUGUUUAAAAUGAUGAUAAUUGUAUUAAGACCAAUCAAUAUAACUUUCCUUAUUAUAUGUGAAGACACUUCAUGUAGAAAAUUCUGCUUUGAUCAUUGCAUGCUGCUUAGAAAUGUGUGUCUGACUGACAUAUCAGAUUUGUUCAAUGAUUUUAUGUUACUUUAAAUGUGGCACAGCUGUUGCCACAAAUACAACUUGUUUUUAUUUAUCUGACUAGCAAAUGUUACUUCUUUUGAAGACUAAGCAAUAUUACUGACUAAACUGACUGAUGUUGUUACACUCCUCCUCACUCCUCAUUGUAUAUUCAUGUUAACAGUCAAAAUAGACUUUGAAAAUAGACGGGGGGGCUGCUCUAAAUUACAGAAUUCCGUGUGUGAAUUGUUGCACUUUUGAUGAACUGAACUACUUUAUAAAUCUGCAGUUUGCUGUAGCCGGUAAGGAUACAAGGUGUUGUUGGUGGGCUGAUGGUCCGUUCAUCUCACGGUUGCAUCUCCUCGCUCCUGAAUGUAUGUUUCAUUUUCCACUGUGGGUUUAAAAGUUUUAUACACGGUAAACUACAACUUCUCAACAAGAUUUUGCAAAAAUGAUCACAACCAAGAAAAUCAUGUGGUGAUAUUGUAGCAUUUAAGAAUUUGACUGACUUUCCAAUACUUUCAAAUUCCAAGUGAAACCAUGUGAACUCUUUGAGAAUGUCAUGUGGAUUUGUUUAGAAUGUUUGUUGAUUUCGGAUGACUUGUCAUGCUUUGUAUGCGUCGAUGGGAGACGACUGAUCAUGGUAGAGGAGGAAAUUAUGCAUUUCAUUUCUAAUGGGAUUACUUUCUCUUUAGAACACAUGUAUAAUAAAUAGUAUUUUUUCCAAUGAA